AUGUUGUCCGGCCGUGGAGAUUUGCUGGACAGAGAAGACCUGAGCCGGGGCCACGGCCCCCUGCCCACCCCUGCUGCCCGACUCCUCCUGGGGCCAACAGCCAGAGGCUCCCCAGUUUUUGGCAAAGCUCCCCCAUGGCCGACGCUGGGCUCCCAGGCCGAGGCGGCACGGGGCCGACACGGCACAGGCUGGGCAAACCUGCUGGCUGCGUGCAGACCCGAGUGCUCGGAAAACGUGCGGCGACGGACUCAGACCUGCAUCGUGCAUGGGCCUCGGCGCCCAGACCCGGAACAGCAGCUGCAGCGGAUGGGGAGGUCUACCAGCUGGUCCCUGGAAGCAGAGCUGACCCCCAUGUGGCCCAGGGCCCCGCCCCAGGGGACUCUGAUACCCCAGGGAGCAGGACCCCUGCGGGACCAAGCGGCCCACUCCAUCUCGGCAGGCGAGUGUGACGCGGGCCUGAGGGAAGGGGUGUGCCGGGCUCGGGACCAGUGGCGGUGCUCGCUGCGGUCCGUGGUGCACUCCUGGCUUGUCUGUCAGCCACAGGCCCAACAGAGAGCCCUGGACGUCUGCCCGGAGAGACACACCAAGGUCCUGGGCAUGAGCUCACGACCGGCCACAAGGGGUGCUGUGGGCGGCUCAGGAACCGGCUGUGAGGCCAGGAGGCCAGGAGGCCGGUCCUGCCGUGGCGUCCUGGGGCCAGGCUCCCCUGGGCCCCAGUAUGUGGGCCUCUGGGACUUCGAGGCCCGGAGGGAUGAGGAACUGACCUUCCGGGCGGGCCAGGAAGGAGGAGGGGCGGGGGCGGGCCGCGCGCUGGGUGCGGAGGGCAAGCCGCUGACCGAGGGCUGCGUGCCCCACAACUACCUGGCCGAGAAGGAGACGGUAGAGUCUGAGCUGUGGUUCUUUGGGCCCCUCUCCCGCUUGGAAGCGCAGCAUUGCCUGCAGGGAGGGCAGCGGGUGGCGGCCUCCCUGGUCAGGGUCGGCCAGAAGCCAGGCGCCGACUACUCUCUCUCAGUGAGGGACAGGCAGUCCAUGAGGCAUUACAGGGUCUGCCGGCUGCACCUCAGUGAGGCCGCGUCCUACCCCAGCCUGGCUGAGCUCCCGGGGCACCACAAAGGCCGGAGCCUGUCCCACGGGCUGCCGCUGACUGUGCCCCGCCGGACGCCCGAGCCCGAGCCCCCGCCGCACUGGGCAGACUGGCAGAGACCGCACGAGGAGUUCAGGCUCUGCAGGAAGCUGGGCUCUGGGUACUUCGGGGAGGUCUUCGAAGGGAUUUGGAAGGACCGGGUCCGAGUGGCCAUUAAGGUGAUCGCUCGAGACAACCUCCUGCACCAGCACACCUUCCAGGCGGAGAUCCAGGCCACGAAGAAGCUUCAGCACAAGCACAUCCUGGUGCUGUGUGCUGCGGCAUCCGUGGGGGACCGUUACAUCGUCCCGGAGCUCUUGGCCAAGGGGAGCCUGCUGGAGCUGCUGCAGGACUCCGAGAAGUCCCUGCCCGUCUCAGAGCUGGUGGACAUUGCCUCUCAGGUGGCCGAGGGCAUGUGCUUCCUGCAGUCACAGAACUACGUCCACCGGGACCUGGCCACCAGGAACAUCCUUGUGGGCGCCCACAACGUCUGCAAAGUGGGUGACUUUGGGCUAGCCAGGUUCAUCCAGCAGCUAGCAUGCCCCCGGGGCCACCAUGGCAGUCACAGACCGAACAAGUGCUCAUACGGGCACACUGAUGUCCGGUCCUUCGGGAUUCUCCUCCAGGAGACUUUCAGUCGGGGUCCGAUACCCUAUCCAGGCACGUCCAGCCACGAGGCCUUCCAGAGGGUAGAGUCGGGCUACCGCAUGCCCUGCCCCCCGGAGUGCCCGGCCGCCACCGCACACAAACUAAUGCUCUCAUGCUGGCACAGGGACCCCGAGCACCGGCCCUGCUUCCAAGCUGUGCGGGAGAAGCUCUCCAGUGUCAGCACGUACGAGAACCCGCUCUGAGGGGGACAGCCUCCCUGCCAGCGCCGCAGAAGGCCACCAGGCCAGGCCCCGUGAAGACGGGCCUAGUACUGUCCUGGACCUCCCAUCGGGAGGACAGGCCCACUGAAGGUGCCGGCAGUUCCAGAACUGGGCUGGACACUGGGGGGCCCGCCAUCUCCUGGGGCAGGGGAAGCCUGCCCUCCGCAGCCGGGGAGCGGAGGCUGCCCGUCCUCCUGUCUGCUCCUGGGACACCAGCUCCUGUCAAGUGCCAGGGCCCGCCAGGGUCAACUCCAACUCGAACUCAGGAAGCCUGACGACCCUCCUUUCUAAAGGGAGUGGUGCUGUUGCUGGUCCUGGACUAAAGACCCCUGCUCAGUCUGGACCUCCGCAGGUGGUGCCUGGGAGGGAUCUGGGCUUUGGCUAGGCUCACCCUAUGCCACCCGGCCCGUGCCCAUCUCCUGACUUGGGGGAAACACCGACUUCCCGGCACUCUGUAAAGAUGGGCUGUUUGCUGGUGGGGCACUGCUGUCUCCUGCCUGCGGCCAUGGCUACCAGCAGCUGCCCACACGAGCUCUGAGGGACUCAUCGGGACACCGGGGUGGCUGGCGACUGCUCUGGCUCAACUCUGGGGCACCUCUCGUACUCUGGGUCCGUCUGAAGAGGUGGGAAGGUGGACCUCCCCACCCAUCCUCCUGCCUGGACACAACAGGGGCAGACAGGACGGUGGCUGCAGCCCCAGGGCCCACGAGUUCCGCUGAUGCCUCGGCCUGGACCUGCACAGCUGUUUACAGCACACCCCGGGACAGACCGGCAGGAGGGGAGCCGGGCUCCCCUGACCUCACACUAAGCCCUUCUCCUAACCACCAGACCUGCGCCAAGCCCUGCUGGCCACUCAGCGAGUGUGGACACUGUCAGCCCACCAAGCAAGCCUGCCCAAGGAGGUGGGUGGAGGAUGGCCCAACGACAGCCUCCCCAGAUCCCUGGUUGGUCUGUCCAGAGCUGGGUUACCUGUGGCGAGACGGUCCCUCUGGAAUGCCCCCACACCCCUUACCACUCGGUGUUAAUUUCUGGUCUGUGUGUCGGGGGGGAGGGGGCGUCCUGACCAGAAUGUGUCCUACAACGGGCUGGAAGAGGCAGAACCGUUCUAGGAAGGCACCUGGAGAUAGCAUGGCCCAGUGGGCUGCUCCACACCAGCUGGGGCGGCCUUGGUCCUAUUCCCUUACUGCCCUCCUCGAGUCAAGGGCGGGGGGCACUAGGUCCCUCGCGCUGGGGGCUCCUGAACCCAGUGGCAGGGGCCAAGUCUGAGGACCGGAACCUCAGCGGCUGCCCUGGAGGCUUCUCCUCCGCACCCGGAACUGCCUGUGCCCCCAGGCUCUGGGGGAGCCCUCCCCGUCCACACUC